AUGGCGUUUAAGCUCGGUCGGUUGAAUCUGGGCGCCGUCGCGCAGGGGGUGGGAGGUCUCGUGUUCGGAAGCGGCGACGACCAAGAAGACGACGGCGGAGUGGAGCGGCUGUUGGAUCGCAUCAGCAAUGGAGUGCUCGCAGAGGAUCGCCAGUCCGCCAUGGCCGACCUGCGCGACGUCGUCACGGACAGCCCUGUCGCACAGCAGGCGCUGGGAGCCAUGGGUAUUCCUGUUCUUUUAUCCGUACUGCGAGAGGACCGGGAAGAUGUGGACUUGAUUCGGGGAGCUCUAGAGGUGCUGGUUGCAGGGCUUGCAGCAGGAGGGGGAGCGGCGGAGCAGAGGGAGUGGGGGCAGCAGCAGCAGCGGGUGGCGCCAGGGGUGAUCAACUCGGAGCUCUUUGCGCGCGAGCCCCACAGCAUCGCCCUGCUGCUGGCACUGCUGGAGGAGGAGGACUUUUACAUUCGAUACCACACCGUUCAGCUGCUCACCAUUCUCCUCUCCAACUGCCCGCACAGGUUACAGGAGGCCAUAUUGGUGAUCCCUCAGGGCGUGGGGAGGCUCAUGGAUAUGAUGGCACUCAAUGAGAGAGAGGUGAUUCGCAACGAGGCGCUCGUUCUCAUGAUCAACCUCACACGCUCCGCUGAGGAAAUCCAAAAGAUAGUGGUAUUCGAAGGCGCCUUCGAGCGAGCGCUCAACAUCAUCAGAGUCGAGGGAGGGGCGGAUGAGGGAAUCGUCGUUCAAGAUUGCAUAGAGCUCAUCAACACCCCCCUCCUCCGCUCCAACACACCCGUCACUCCUCCCCUCUCCCUCCCGGUUUCUCCCGCUCUCUCCCCCUCCGUCCCUCCCUUCCUCUCUCCUUCUCUCUCCUGCUCCCCCACACUGCCGCCUCUCUCCCCCCACCAGGAGAUUCAAAAGAUAGUGCGGGCCCUGAGGGUGAGUACCAUGAGGGAGAGCUCUGCUGUUGACUAUGGCAUCCGAUGCUUCUGUGAGGGCAACAGCGAGGGGCAGACCAUGCUAGCGUCUACCAUCGCACCCCUGCCUCAAGGCGUCACAGGCAAGGGCAAGAGAGGAGGAGGUGCAAUGGGGCCUGACACGGCUGAUGAUGCGGCAAACCUGACGUUUGGAGGCAUCUUGGUCCGUGCGCUGAUAGCAGGGCAAAGCGAGCAAGCCCUGGAGGGGAGCUGCCGAGCAGCGAGCAUUCUCUCGCACCUCCUCACCGCCAACUCAGCAGCCAAGGAGCGAGUGCUGCGCAUCCCCCUGCAGAUCCCCACCUCCGCCCUCGCCCCUCCCGAGCUCCUCAUGCCUCGCAUCAUGCGCUAUCUCGCUGCCGCCGCCGCCCCUCCCUCUCCCCCCCUUCCCACUUCCUCACACCCGCACUCGCACCACCAAUCUUCCUCUUCCCACUCCCUCUACUCCUCGUUCGCCUCGUCGUUUUCCUCCUUCUCCUCCUCCCCCUCCUCUUCCUCCUCCUCCUCCUCCCCGUCGGCCGUCUGGCUUCAACCCGUGCUGCUCCGCCUGCUGCUGACGUGGCUCUCCGACUGCCCGCCAGCUGUCGCGGCCUUCCUCGCGCCGCCCGGCCACCUGCCGUUCCUCGUCGGCCUCGUCAGCGCCGCCAGCUCAGCAGCAGCAGCCGCCGCGCUGCCAGGUGGCGGCACGGGAGAGGACGGGGAGGAACACGGGGGAUCAAGCGGGGGAGGAGGGUACGGGGAUGGGUAUUCUGACGGGUAUGACACAGCAGGUGACAGGAAACGAAGCGGAGGAGGAGUGGGGGGAGAGGUCGACGGGAGAGGGGCAGACGAGGCAGCAGGAGCAGCAGGAGGAGCAGGAGGGGGGGUGGCGGUGCAUGUGGGGGGACUAGCCUCUCUCGUGUUAGGAGCGUGCGUUGUAUACAACGAUAACACAGGACCCACAGACGCAGCCACAGUGGUUGAUAUCAUAACCCAGCGCAUUGGCCUUGCUGCUUUCUUCGCCCGUAUAGAGGACUUGAAGCGGGACCCGUACUUCCUCGCAGGGGGAGCGGGACCGCGGCCGCCGAAGCCCCUUACCAGAACCACUGCUGCUGCAGAGGCAGCAGGUGGGGGUGGGGGAGGGGGGGCGAGGGGAGCAGGGGCGGGUAAGUCUGGGGAAGGGGGCGGCAGCAGCAGCGGUAGCAAACACAGUGAGAUCACAGAGGAAGGUGGGGCAGGCUCUGCUGCCACCUCUUCUGCUGCUGCUGGGCUUGCAGCAGCAGCAAGCCGCGUGCCACCUGUUCCUAGUGCGUCAAGUCUGGAUUUCGAGCCGCCCAUUGCUUCGUUCUACGACCGGGAGUUUGUGCGGUCGGUGCUGGUGCUGGAGGAGGCAGUGCGGUUGAGAGUGGUGCAGCUGUUUUCGAUGCCGAGAGGUGGGGGUGGGGAGGGGGGAGGAGGGGGAGAGGGAAGCGUGGAUGUGAACCGAAAGGAUGGAGAGAGUGAGGGGGAGUAUGCAGGGAGGCUGAGAGCAAUUCUUCAGUCGCAGCAUCAGGAGCUUCAGCACCUGCGCAGUCGCAACGUGGCUCUCGCGAAAGACGCCAUGCAACUCGCCCCACAAUCCCCCUCCUCUGGCACCGGCGCCAGCGACCAGUCACAGGCCGCCACGUCAGCGGACGGCGCGGGCGGCGCCGGCGCAGCGCCAACUCACGCUGAGCUGGAAUCCGCCCGGCGCCAGCUGGCAGAGGCGGAAGGGAGCGUGGCGACGCUUCGAGGGGAGCAAGAGACACUCAUGGGAGAACUCAUGCAGGUUCGGCAAGUGGCAGCAGGCAAAGAAGCAGACUUGCAGGCUCUAUCCAUGGCCUACCACAGUUUAGAGCAGGAGAAUCUCAGACUAGAAGGGGAGGUUAAGUCCCUCCAAUCCACCACUGAAAGUCUCCGAGCCAGCCUAGCUUCGGCCGAAGCUGCUGCCGCAGCCGCAGGUUCGGGCGGUGCUGCAGGCGCAGGAGCAGGCUCGGGGGUGCCCGAAGCUGAGGUGGAGGAGCGGGUGGAGGCGGCUCGGCAGGAGGCUCGGGAGGAGGCGCAGCGGGAGAGUGAGACAGAGUUGAAUGAUUUGCUGGUGUGUUUGGGGCAGGAGGAGAAGAAGGUGGAGGUGCUAAGAGGGAGGCUGGUUGAACUUGGGGAGGAUGUGGAUGGUUUGAUGGAUGGAAUAGUGGAGGGAGAGGAGGGGGGCGGAGAGGAGGAGGAGGAGGGGUAA